UACUAAUUAUACAUAUAUUUUAACGUUAAUUAUCAUAAUCAUUGUAAUAUUUAGCGAUACCGUAAAUUUACUGAGGAGAAAUUCUUCACGUCAAAGAGAGCGAGCAAGAGCGUUAAAAAAAAAAAGGUUUUUCUAACUGAUAAAUACAUAGUUAGAAUUCACGUAAAUCAAAUAACAAUCAAUCAAACUUUAUAGAUCUACUACGAUCAUAUGGCCUUGUAUAUAGUAUCAUAAUGUCAUAUAAUGGAGGUAGAAGGCGGACACUGCUGAGAAUAAGUCAGCAGUCAUCCGACCAAAAUCAUAAAAGGAAACAAGAACAACAACCAACUCCAACUAUAGUGGAACAUAAGAAACGAAAAGUUACAACCACAAAUACAAUAACGGAACCACCAAUACCAUCAUCAUCGCGUAAAGAAACUGUCGACACUAAGGAAGAAAAACUAGCGAACAUCAUCAUGAAGUUUAAUCUAGCAGUUAAUGAAUUGUUUCAAUUGGAAGAGUAUAAAUCGAUUGCAUAUUGGGAUCCAAGAGAGUUUUCUAAACCUUUCCAAAAUAAUCAUUUAUCAGAACCAUUUGAAAAUUUCUUAAAAGAUGAUAAAUAUAACCUUAUCUGGGAUAAGGAAAUCGAAACCAAUGAGAAAUUAAAUAGUUUACCUUUACGAUUACAAAGAAAAGUCAUUGCCGAACGUGAUGAAAAGUUAUUAAAGAAAUUUCCAUUUCGAAAUUCAGUUCUUAAACGGAGUGAGGAAUUAGAAAAGGAAUUGAUAUCAUUUGCCACCUUAAAACCAGACGUUCAUGCUAAAGGUAAGAAUCAAUCUGAAAAAGCAUCCACUAGUAAAAGUCCGAAAGUUGAAGAAAAAUAUAAACAGACUUCUAAAUCAUCACAACAUAUUAAACAUGAUCAAGAUAGUGAAUCGGAAGAUGAUCAAUCCAAUUCAAAAUAUAAACUUAAAGCAAUUAAAUUUUCAUUACCUCCUCGUUUAAUCACUCAUCCAUCUCAUGUCACAUCUUGGAGACCCAGUAGCGAUGGAAUGCAAGAAGGAAAUCAUGAAGGUGUAGUGGAUAUGGAAGCAAAUCCAAAACCUUUUAAAAUCAGUAUCGAAAAUAAUCAAUUAACUUCAGGUGAUGAUAUAACCUUACAAUUACGAACAUUCUUAAAUAAGAACUAUAUGAAUGCUAUCAUUGAUGAGUCUGUGACUCUUGAUUAUAACUAUACCGAAGAAGAAUAUAACAAUAUAAUGAGUCAACAACAAGCUUUGUUCAGAUCUAUAUAUAAGAAAGUAACCCUAGAUAAAACAUUGGAAUUGAAUGGAGAUAAAAUAGAAAGAAGGAAAGUUGUAUUACCGCAAGUAUCAAUUCGUCAAACUUCAGACCCAUUCAGAAAUAAUGCUAUGGUGACACCAAAGAUUCAAGGUACAAGUAAUAAUCUUACUCAUCAAGAUCAUUUCUUAAAUCAAGGACUUGCUUUCUCCAAAGUACAUCAUCAAAUGAGAAAACAACAUCAAUUAAGAACGAGAAGAGUUGCACAAAUGAUUGAACAACAUUUCAAGAAAAAGGCAGGUGAGAAGGAAAGACUCGCUCGUGAAAGAGACCAAAAUUUGAGAAGAAUAAGUAGAUUGGCUAUUCAAGCAGUUAAAAGAAGAUGGACUCAAGCUUAUAAAGUAUAUGCUUAUCUUCAACGUGAACAAGAAGAAGAACUUAAAAAGAUUAAAGGUAGAGAACAUUUAAGUCAAAUGUUGGAACAUUCAACUCAAUUACUUGAAGCACAAUUAAAUAAAUCUUCACGAGAAGCAACAGAAGAUGUUGAAAGUGAUAUUGAUGUUAAUAAUAAAGAUGAAGAUGAUUCAGACAAUUUUCUUUCAAGUUCAGAUGAUGAAGCUGCUAGCGGUGCUGAAGACAAUAAGGUCGAGAAUCCAGAAGAUGGUGAUUUGAAUUUAUCAGUUGACGAACUCAGAAGAAAGUACUCUACAUUAGAGACUUCUGUUGAACCUUCUGCUGAAUCAGUGGAUUUGGUAUCUGAAUCUGAAGUAUCUAAAGACGAGGAUGAGGAAGAAGAUGAAGAUAUUGAUGUUUCCAAAGGUCUUGCAUCAUUAUACGGUAAUGUGGAAGUAAAUGGUACUGCCACUCCUCAAAGUGAAGAUUACACCGAUGAACAAAAAGCAUUAAUUUCAAAAUUACAAGAAGAAGAGCCAGAGUCAAUUAUUGAUACUGCUUCCGUGUCAAGUAUUGAUUCAGAUUCUGAAAUGGAAAGUUCUGAUAAUGAAGAUUCUGACGAAGAGAUGGAAAGUGAAGUUGAAACAGCUCCUCUUAAACUCAAUGGUAAUUCUGGAUUGUCUGCUUUAUAUGGAGGUGGCGACGAUUCAUCAUCAGAAGAAGAUGAAAAUCCUUAUAGUGAAGCUAGUAAUUCUGAUGCUGAUGAUCUGAUGACUUCUUCAGAUGGCGAAUUACACACUAACGGUCAUGCUAAAAAAGCAAAAGAUGAUGAACUAGAAGAUGAAAUUGUCAACGAUACAACAGUUAAGAAUGUUCGUAUACCUUCUUUGUUAAGAGGAACUUUAAGACCAUAUCAAAAACAAGGUUUAAAUUGGUUAGCCAGUUUGUAUAACAAUGAUACUAAUGGUAUCUUAGCCGAUGAAAUGGGUUUAGGUAAAACAAUUCAAACCAUUUCAUUGCUUGCUUAUUUAGCAUGUGAACAUCAAAUAUGGGGACCACAUUUAAUUAUUGUACCUACUUCAGUUAUGCUUAAUUGGGAAAUGGAAUUUAAGAAGUUUGCUCCUGGGUUUAAAGUCAUGACAUAUUAUGGAUCACCUCAACAAAGAGCACAAAAGAGAAAAGGGUGGAAUUUACCUGAUGCUUUCCAUGUUUGUAUUACAUCAUAUCAAUUAGUUGUUCAAGAUCAACAAUCGUUUAAAAGACGUAGAUGGAGAUAUAUGAUAUUGGAUGAAGCACAUAAUAUCAAAAAUUUCAGAUCCACUCGUUGGAAAGCACUUUUGAAUUUUAAUACAGAAAAUAGAUUAUUAUUAACUGGUACUCCCUUACAAAAUAAUCUUAUGGAGUUAUGGUCAUUGUUAUAUUUCUUGAUGCCUUCUUCAAAAGUUAAUCAAGCUAUGCCGGAUGGGUUUGCAAACCUAGAGGAUUUCCAACAGUGGUUCGGAAAGCCAGUGGAUAGAAUCAUGGAACAAACUUCAGCCGCUAAUAACUCUGAUUUAAUUGAUGAGAAUGAAAGCACUACUAAAGGUAUGGAUGAAGAAACCAAAAAUACCGUGGCAAGAUUACAUCAAGUUUUACGUCCAUAUUUAUUACGUCGUUUAAAGAAGGAUGUUGAAAAGCAAAUGCCUGGAAAGUAUGAGCAUAUUGUAUAUUGUCGUUUAUCCAAAAGACAAAGAUAUUUAUAUGAUGAUUUCAUGUCUAGGGCAAAGACCAAAGAAACUUUGGCAUCUGGUAAUUUCUUAUCCAUUAUUAAUUGUUUAAUGCAACUAAGGAAAGUUUGUAAUCAUCCUGAUUUAUUCGAGGUACGUCCUAUAGUGACUUCAUUCAGUAUGCCUAAAUCAAUUUGUAACACGUAUGUUACAACAGAAAGCACUAUAAGGAAAGAGUUAUCGAUAGUGAAUGAAGAAAAUAAAGUUAACUUUCAAGUUUUGAAUCUUGAUAUUACAAGUUGUGAUGAUUUGAAUUACUUUGUCUCCCAAAGUGCUUACAAUUUAAGAUCUAAACAAGUUCUUGGGAAUAAGAUUCCCGAAGGAUCGAAUGGAACGAGUCACACAAACCCAGAUUUAACUGAUUAUUUGGAAUAUUAUCAAUACUUGAAAUCGGAAACACAAAAUAGUUUCUUUGAUAGGAUUCAACAUGCUAAAUAUUUGAAUGAUCUCAGAUGUAGUAGGAAGCCAAUGUAUGGUAACUCAUUACUAAAAAUGUUGAAGAGUUGUACAGAGAAGAAAACUGAAAAUUCAGAUAUGUAUAAUGACUUCCUUUAUACAAUUGAUAGAAGGGUUGAAAGUAUGAAUGAUGUAAUAGAGAAAUAUUCAGUCUUGACUCCACCAGUUGUUACGUUGGAUAUGAAAGAUUACUUGAUACCUAUUUCAACUCAGAGAAGAGUUAUGAAUGAAGUCGCAGUCAACAAGAUAGAUAAUCCAUUCCAUAAAUCCCAAGUUAAAUUGUCGAUUGCAUUCCCUGAUAAAUCAUUGUUACAAUAUGAUUGUGGUAAGUUACAAAAGCUUGCCACUCUUUUACAAGAGCUUACAUCUCAAGGACAUAGAGCUUUAAUUUUCACCCAAAUGACGAAAGUGUUGGAUAUCUUGGAACAAUUUUUAAAUAUUCAUGGUUAUAGAUAUAUGAGAUUAGAUGGUGCUACGAAGAUUGAAGAUCGUCAACUUUUAACGGAAAGAUUUAAUCGUGAUCCUAAAAUCCCGGUAUUCAUUUUAUCUACCAGAUCAGGUGGUUUGGGUAUCAAUUUGACUGGAGCAGAUACGGUUAUCUUUUACGAUUCUGAUUGGAAUCCAGCUAUGGAUAAACAAUGUCAAGAUCGUUGUCAUCGUAUUGGACAAAUUAGAGAUGUUCAUAUAUACCGUUUCGUAUCAGAAUAUACUAUUGAAUCCAAUAUAUUGAAAAAAGCUAAUCAAAAGAGACAAUUAGAUAAUGUUGUUAUUCAAGAAGGGGAGUUCACGACUGAUUAUUUUGGUAAGUUCUCAGUUAGAGACUUAGUGGAAGAUGCAAAUAUUGCAGAUAUUAUCCCUGACAGAACAGUUGAUUUUACAGGAGAUGCAAAUAUGGGUAAUGCUUUUGCCCAAGCAGAAGAUGAAGAUGAUCGUGCUGCUGCAAAUGAAGCUAUGAAAGAAGUUGCGGUUGAUGAAGAAGAUUUCGCAGAAGACAGUAAAACUGCUACUGCAACUGGUACUCCAGCACAAACACCAGCUCCAAAUGGUACUGCUGGUGAAGUUAUAGAUCUUGAUUACGAGGAUGGUAUUGGUCACAUAGACGAGUAUAUGUUAAGAUUCAUCUCAGAUGGUUAUUACGAAAACUAAAUAAUGGUCACUUGGAAAAGUUGUAUAAUUAGUAUUAAUUUUAAUAGAAUAGCAUUUUAUUU